CGCACUUCCGCCCUCCAAAAAAAUGGCUACACUCAAGCAUCCUCCUGAGACGAAGUCACGGCGUCGGUAGAAAGGAAAGAAACAGGCUACUGGCAUUUUCCAAUUCUGCCCUUUACCAAAAUGGCGUCGCCCAUUGGGCUCCAUCAACUUCUGCCCUUCACUACUGAGCGCCGUUGACUCGCAGGGAACCGAGACGAAAGAGGCCGGCCAGACUGGUUUCCGCCCUUCAUCAAGGUGGCGGCCCCCAGGAGUUAGUUACACGCCGAGUUUCGCCCCCCUCUCCGGCGCAGUUGCGGCCAUGGUGGCCGCGGCUGAAGCUGCGGGUUUGGCGUGAACGAAUCGCCGUGGGCUCCGUGCCUACCUGGCGGAGGUUAGGCAGCCACGUGGUUCUAGGCUUCGGGCAUUUUCAGGAUGUCUGAAGGCAGCUCGACCGGGGAAGCGGGCCCCGCCGGGGCGGGCCGUCCUUCGCUGCCCGGGGCCCGGGGUCUGAUCGGCCGACGGCCCGCGGCCCCCCUUACCCCAGGACGCCUCCCUUCUAUACGUUCCAGGGACCUCACCCUCGGGGGGGUCAAGAAGAAAACCUUCACUCCUAACAUCAUUAGCCGGAAGAUCAAGGAAGAGCCAAAGGAAGAAAUAUUGGUCAAGAAAGAGAAACGAGAGAGGGAUCGAGAUCGACAACGAGAUGGGCAUGGUCGGGGAAGGGGUCGGCCAGAAGUGAUCCAGUCUCACUCCAUCUUUGAGCAAGGACCAGCUGAAAUGAUGAAGAAAAAAGGCAACUGGGAUAAGACAGUGGACGUGUCAGACUUUGGCCCAUCUCAUAUUAUCAACAUCAAAAAGGAGAAAAGGGAAACAGAUGAGGAAACCAAACAAAUUCUUCGCAUGCUGGAGAAGGAUGAUUUCAUAGAUGAUCCAGGGCUCAAGAAUGAUACUCGAAACAAGCCUGUGCAGCUUCCUCUGGCGCACUCGGGGUGGCUUUUUAAAGAAGAGAGUGAAGAACCUGAUGUCAAGCCCUGGAUAGGAAGAACCAAAGAAGAAAGCAUGGAGGUGGAUAUACCAGCCCUGAAAGUGAAAGAAGAACCACAAGAUGAGGAUGAGACCAGGGCAGCUGCUCCCCCCAAGCCUGGCCGAGUGGCGCCUGGACUUCCUCAAGAUGUGUCUGUGGCAGACUUACUCAGGGAACUAAGCUUUGCCAAGGAAGAAGAGCUGUUGUUUUUACAGUUGCCUGACACACUCCCUGGUCAGCCUCCCACCCAGGACAUCAAACCCAUCAAGACAGAGGUUCAAGGAGAGGAUGGGCAGAUGGUGCUUGUGAAGCCAGAGAAAGACCGGGAAGCUAAACUGGCAGAGAACCUAUGUACCUUGAGUGACCUGACAGAGGGUCAGGUGGGAAAACUGCUUAUCCGAAAAUCAGGAAAGGUGCAACUACUUCUGGGCAAAGUGACGCUUGAUGUAACAGUGGGUACUUCCUGCUCCUUUUUGCAGGAGCUGGUGUCUGUGAGUAUUGGAGACAGCAGAACAGGCGAUUUGACAGUUUUGGGCCAUGUAAAACACAAGCUCGUGUGUUCCCCUGAUUUUGAAUCCCUAUUGGAUCACAAACAGCGGUAGAGUCAGCCAACUAAGGGUGAACAGGGCACCAUUUGCUCUUUGCCCUAGGAUUUUCAUUCCUGAACUCCUUUGAGACCCAGAAGACCACCCAGGCCUGCAAUUCCUGCCUCCAAUAAACAUCAUGGCUGGCUGUUCCAGAGAUCAUAAAGGCUCAAAGGCUUCUUCUUCCCAAGUGGUGAUGAAUGGCUUGAUAGCCUUUGGAGAGAAUGGAAAUAUGCACAUGCCUGCUGCUGUAUUUAAGGGCUUGUGCCCACCCUAUUUAUACUGUAUAUUUAUGUCGCAUCCUUUUUUGUAUUGACUGUACCCAUAUGUGCUAAAAGGCAGUGAAGACCUAAACGGAGCCAUGGAAAAUAAGACUUUUUUUUUUCCUCUUUCUUGAAUAUCCUGGUGGGAGGUACAGUUGUUUUUUGUGCCUCAACUUCCAACUCCUUCCUCUUAGUCCUUUGUCAGCUGAGUCUCAAAGGAAAGGACUCCAGCUUUACUCCACUCAAGCAGAAAGCACAGGAAAAUCUACCAUUUUUAAAGAUCCUGAAACACAAAUUGCAGGAUACCCUGAGCCCUCUUAUUCUUUUCUCCACAGACUCUUUAAGCCAGCAUUUUGCUAGAGCAUAGGCUCUGUUAGAAGGCAUGAAUGGAGAAGCUUCUGUCAACACACUAUUGGUUCAUCUCCAUGUACCUUUAAGUGAUUGGGGGAUCCAUUCCAAGCCUAACUACUGUAGUACUUUUCCUCUGCAAGAGUAGCCAGGUUCCCUUCAGAGAGGGAUAAUAGUAGUGGCUGUGGGGUGGUGUUACCACCCUCAGUCAAAGGCUGAGCUAUAUGGUGGGCUUUAUGGAUGGAGACACUACAUGAUGUAAUAUGCUAUCUCAAAAGCUUUGAGAUGAAGAGGUCCUCCUAUGUUCCUCUCUCCCACCACCAUAAAACAUGCCUACUUUGCUUGGAUUGCAGUCACAGCCUGGCUUUCCUUGUCUGGCCCUUAUGUUCAGAGACCCCUGUCUAUUAUUGCCUUCAGAGUACAAGCUGUCCUAAAUCACUAGGCAUCUGGUCCCUUCAAGGGUAACCCCUUGAGGAAAAGCUCAACUCUUCCUUCUUAGUAGAAUCCAUAUUCCUUUUUCAGCUGUACUGAGUUUCCUCCAACAUUAGCUACAAGCAGUGAUGGCAGGCAGCAAUGUUAUCACAUGCCUCAAUGUGUAGGACGUAGAAGAUACAAGAUUCUAGAAUAGUCUUCUUGAGUUUCUUCCCAACCCUCUACCUACUUCAAGAAGGGUGCUGUGUUACAGUCUGAAUUGAUAGAGAGAAAAAUGUAGUCUAAAAAUCUAUUCUCUAGUCAUAAGGUGUCCAGAGGCAUGCGUAAUAUUAUAUCCAAGAUGCAAAGCAGGGUCUGGCAUUGUACCUGUAGGUUGUUACUAAUGAUCCUCUCCCCAGAAGUAGUGAUGUUAGAGCUUAGUGAAUAACUUCUUGAGAGAAGACAGUUUUAUUGGUCCUGAGAAACUUAAGCCCCCAGAAGCUCUUUCUGUAUUAAAUGGGAAUGAGAUCCCAGUAGGCUGUGAUUUCAUAAAGAUCACUCUACCUGCUUCUAAGCAACCCUAGUAAGGAAACUGAUUUCAGCUCCCUUUCCUUCAUUCUGUUUCACUACUAUAUCAAUCAUGGAUGAGUUUUUCCUGGACCUGUCAUCUACAAAUCUAAUCACUGAGUAGCUACAAAGGUUAAAGAGUCCAUUUGGCUACUGCUCUGUCCAUCUGCCCACAUCACCAGUAAAUUCAUGAAGCUCAGCUUUGUUUUGGAAAAGCUGUUCUGUCGCUUCCUUUAUCUUAGGAAAGACAGUUUGGGAUAGUGGCUAGAGAGUUGGCCUUUGGAAGCAGGAGGUCCUGGGAUUAGGUCCUGCUUCUGAUACUUUUGGCUUUAUGACCUUAGGUAAAUCACAACCUCUCAGGGCCUGAGGCAACUCUCAGGCUUAAAUUGUAGAACAGUUACUUACCUAAUAUCGGUAGAGGAAAUUUCAUCCCUGGAUAUUCCCUAUGCAAUGAAGUAAAAAAGAUCUGGAAUAAUUGAAUAACUAGAGAGAAAAGGCUUCCCUGGAAGUUCAUUGUCAGAAUAGGCAGGAUUUCCACAAGUUCCACAGAUUCUAAGUAGACAAGAAUUGCUGAUGAGCCAGGCUUUCCUGGGUCACAAUUAUUGCUCCUACUUUUUUGAAGCAACUGGCAGUAUAGUGGCUGAAGUACUGGAUCUGGAGUCACAAAGACCUGAGUUUAAAUCCAGCUUCAGAGGCUUAUUGUUCAGGCAAUAUUAAUAUUGGGCAAGUCACUAGACCUCUUUCAAAUGCCAGUUUCCUCCAUAAAAUAGGGAAAAUAAUAGCACCUACCUCUUAGAGUUGUUACAAGGACAAAACGGGAUCAUAUUCAUUAAGUGCUAUCUCCAUAAAUUAUUAGCUACACUGAGAAUUGCUAAUAACUUUUGUGCCAGCAGAUUCCUAUUAUAAGCCUGUUGGUUUCUUUUUGAUAAAAAAUAAGGACAUUCUUGGCCUGUGGGCUAAUUUCAAAUCCUUACGCACCCUCCAGGACUUGCCAUCUUUGGCCUGACCUUUUGAAACUCCUGAGUGGAAAGAUGGGGUACCCUGUGUCAAAUGGCUUAGCAUAUCUCCCCUCAGUGUGUCUUAGGGUUUGAGCCACCAUCAAUCAGUCUUGCUGUAUCCGUGCCCUUUUCACUUCUCCCCUUCUUUUUGAUCCACAAAUUAGAUGUCAUCAAGGCAUGUACAAAGAGCAUGGAAAACAUUGUCUUCCAGUCCGAGUAUAUGGAACAAAUUUUCUACUCCCUGGUUUCUUUGCAAUGAAUGGAACAAAAGUCUGUAUAAACUUACCUGCAGCUGUGUGUAUAUACAUAGUUUGUGAAAACAUAACUCGAAUACAAAGGGAAGGACAUUUGUGAAAUGAAUGGACACUAUCAAGAUUUUUAUUUGAAAACUAAAAAGAUUGCUACAUGCUUUCUACAAUCUUGCCUUUGAAACUAUGAGGAGCCACCAUCAUACCAGAUGAAUGAUAUGAGAGGAUUGUUAUUUAAUUUAAUUAAGCAAAUACAGAUUAAAAAGAAACAUAGACUCUAA